AUCACUAUUAGACGCCAUUUUCACGUUGACUGUUGUGAAUCACAAACGCGUUUACGAAUUAUAUAGUGUUUAUUAUUUAAAAAGUACACUUACUCUUCUGAAUUUUUAAAUAAUAACGUACCUAAUACAUCAGCUACCAAUAAUUGUAAAAAUCUGUAAUGCCGAGUGACUAAUUGUGGUGAUAUCGUAUAGGCGGGAAAUGUGGUUACGUCUCGGAUUAUAUAUCGCUGGAAAAAAGUAAUAGACGCAAUGAUUUCUAAUAAAAUGCGAGAAAAUCGUAAAGGAAAGCCUGUGAAGAUGCCUAAGAAUAUAGAACGAUUGUAUAAAGAAGGGAAAUGCAGUGAAUGUUCUGUGGUGGUGACGCGUAUGGACUUUGCCAAAAUUUUAGGCAAAUUCACUAAAGUGAAAAUUCAGUAUGAAAGCAGUUCCACGCCUAAAACGAGAAAGAAUAAUCAGUUAACUACAUCGCCGAAUGCCAGAUUGAAGAAAAAUGAAAAUGGUAUGGUAAUGAUUCCUAGAAAUGCUUAUAAUCAACAUCCAGUGUCGGAGCUCUUGAAGAAAUCUAAGCAGAACGAAAAACCCACAUCACGGACCAAUAGUGCAGUUAAAGACAAAAGUAAACUCAGUGACACUUCAUCACCACAUGUAAAUAACAUAUUGAAAGAGAACAAUCGAUUAAAAAAGACGCCUACAGUCAAAGAUAAACAAUCUAAUUAUUUUGGAAAAAAUGUGGUGAAAAGGUAUGGCAUAAUAUUUUUAAAUCCAAGUGAAAAUAAUAAUAAAGAAAAAAACAAGAAUAACUUUUCGCUGCUGGACUUAUUGCCAUCUAUUGAUGACAGCAUAUUGCCUUCUGAAGACUGGAGUAUAGACUAUUUACCUAAAAAUGGAGAACCAAAAGAAGAUAAAGUUUAUGAUAGGAUUGCCGCUGAGCUUGAAGAUUUAAUGUGCAAUGAAAAACCUGUUUGUAAAGUUGAUAGCAAAGCCGAACCUGUAGAUAACAAAGAUGAAUUUCCUUCUAUAAUGGACAUUCUUAAUGAUAAUAGUUCUGAAACUACUCAAUCUAACAACCAAAGUAACCAAAUCACUUCACCCAAUUUAGAAUCAAGUGAUGUUGAAGCUAUGCUUCUUGGCAAAGUCAGUGAGGCUUCUAAAGACCCGGAAACAACACCUAUGGAGGUAGAUAAUGCAGUCAUAAGCAAUUUAAUGGAUGUAGUGCAAAUGAAUUCUGAGGAGGACCCGGGCAAGCUACAAACUGAUGUGAAAUUUGCAGAUAAUCCACACAGUCCAUCCAUACUUGAUGAGGCUCUUCAAAAAGGAAUUGAAGAACAUUUGCCAAAGGAGACAAUCUCACAAGAGAGUACUACGGGAGUUGAGAUUUCUCUUACCAACAUGAACUCUACAGAAGUAGUUGUUAAAGAAUCUGCAGCAAAUGAAACUAAGCCCACUGUUUCCAUAGAAAUAAAAAAUACUUCUAUUACACAUGUUGUAUUUAAGAAAUAUUGUAAUGGAGAAUGUACUAAAUCUGUUACAUGUCCAAAGAAUUUGAAGUACAGUAUUGAGUUAGAAGGAAAAUCUGUUGAGUUUCUAGGUGCACCAAAAUUUAUUCAAAGUCUAGAAGACUUGAAAGUCUUGUUACAGAUUGUAAAUGAGACUGAGUUGAACAGUUUAUAUGUUUUGCACUAACAUAUCCAUAGGACUGAUAUGCCUUGUUAUAUUGUAGUACUAGAUUAUUAUAGUUUAAAUUGUUACUUUUCUCAACCUACCCGUGUCACUAACAUUUGCUUACAAAUAUUAUAAUUAUAUAAACAUGCUCUUAAUUUAAUUAUUAUGACCGAGCUGUUAUGUAUCUUUUGUUCUUUGAGGUGAUAGUCAAUAUUUGACCACAUAAUAUUUUUAAAGUGUACCUCUAAAUUCAAUUUUAUGUGAAUUUUGGCCAACAACUUCUGUGUUAUCUUUGGUUGGACAGAUAUGUUUUAUUUUCAUGCAGGUUUAUUUUCAUUAUUCUCUUAUCAAUUAAACUAUUGUAAUAACAUGAAAUGUACGACAUUAUUGUGAAUAGUAUGACUUGAAAAUGGGUUAUUAUUAAUUUAAGAAAAUUAUAAUAGUACAAGUAUGUAAUGUAUAGAAUCAUAAUGGCAUAUUAUGUUUGUUACUGGUGGAUAUUUCAUAUUGUUGGUUUUUUGCAGUAUAUAUUAUAUACUUUUGAGAAACCAGGAAAAAGAAA